AUGGUGCGCCAGCGCGGAGAGGAGUUCAAUCCCGAGGACCUCGCGUUCAAGAAGGCGGCCACCCUGACAGACCCUGACUCGGGCGAGGUUCUGGUGGACGAGCCGGAGGACCUGCUCUUUGGCUUGAACAAGUUGCUGGCGGCCCUGGAAGCGAUGAACGGUCAGAGCACCCUGGACAAGCGCGGAGAGCUGCGUACUCAGUUCUACCUGCACCUCUCGAGGAAGGCGGGCGAGCGUGUGGCCGAUUACUCCAGUCGGUUCAGGACUUCGGUUUCGGACUUGAAAGCUGAAGGCGUGGUUCUUCCUGAAGGUGAGCUUGGCUGGUUCUUUAAGGAGAAGCUCGGCUUGGACCCUCUGAGGAAGCAAUUGCUUGAGACCGCGCUUCAAGGCUCCGAGUCUUACGUUGUGAUCGAGUCUGAGUGCCUGCGGAGGUGCCAAGAUGACCAUCAGGAAGGUGUUCGCCGCUGCUCCGCCUCCUUCGGCGGCUUCUACGGGAUCGUCUUCAGCGACUGCCUAUCGAAGGCCGUCGACGGGGUCUGUGUCGGGGUCUUUGAUGCGGUCUUCAUUUCGUAUAAUGCUCCACCUCGGCAAGCGCACGUGGCGGAGACAGCCGAGGACGAGACCGUGGACGAGAAUGAUGACGAGGCCGAGGCGACCGAGGACGCUGCCGACGGCGAGACCACGUUGGAAGAGGUGCUGCAGGCGGAGGUCGAGCGCUUGGCGGGUGAGAUCGCCGAAGCCGAAGCUGAAGGAGUGGACCCCUCUCACUUGGAAGCGCUGGAGAGCGGGGUCGAGGCGUCGGCCGAAGCUUUGGUGAGCAUGCGAGAAGCGAGGACAAAGCCAGUUGAAGUGCGGAAGGAUCGCGGCUACAAAGGACCCUCGGCCAUGGGGACUGGAUCCGGCGGAGGAAAACCGAAGGCUAAGGCGACUUCGGCAUCAGUACCGCCAAGAAGGCGUCGGGCAAGCAUGUCUGCUUUGACUGCGGCCAAGCUGGUCACUGGGCAGGUGAUGCGGAGUGCAAGCACCCUGGAGCGGGCCUGGCUAGGCCAAAGCCGAAAGCUGGACGUCAGGUUCGCAUUGCGGAGGCAUUACGUGGACCAACUGGCGACGGCCCCCGACCACGUCAAGGAGCUGGUGACGACGAAGAUCGAGAUGGAGUCGUUCUGCUUUGGGAACGGAGGCGUUCUUCCUUCGACAUUGCGCUGGCGGAUUCCCCUGGUCAUCUCUGGCGAGCUCAUCUGUGUGUGGGUUUCUGCCGUGCCGGUUCCUUCGUUGGGGCUGCUGCUGGGCCUGGCCCGAGCUUGGAAAAAAGGAAGGCGCCGCAAGCUGGGACCCGAUGGGGUGUUGGAAGUUUACCUUGAUUGCAGAGAGUGGGCCAGUCGUUUGAUGCGAGUGCAUGCGCGUCCGCAGUCAGCAGAUGCCUUGCUUGAAGGGCGCCAUCACAAUGUUACCGAAGCCAGCUUGGAGCUUGGACGGCUUGCCUAUGACUUUCACUCCGUGCUGACCGUCUUGGCUCAAAGCAAUAUGUCUGACGACGUUCCUCCCGAGGAUUUCGACAGUAGCCCGACCGCUUCCACUUCUGUGCCUUCUUUGGAUCAUGGCGACUCCUCUGGGUGCGACCAAGCCUGUGCCGACGCAAGCUCCUGGAAGCGAGGCGAUGCCAAGCGGCUCGCUCGGGCCGGGCGCGGCGGACGAGUUCACGGAGAUCUUCAUGGCUCGAUGGCGCCGCAUGGUGGUGCGUCUGUGGCACCGCGCAAGGUGGAGCUACAAAGGCGUUCUGUUGUGGUUCGUCAGGCAGCCCGGGCUUCGAUUCUUGCCCUGGCCUUAUCCUUCGGUGUCUUCUGUGGCGCAGUGGCGAACCCAAGCAGAGGCCAUGAUCGAGUCGCGCUGUUACCCACGGAAGUGGCUGGCGCGAGCGUCUUUCACGGCCAGCAACUUGACCCGAUCCUGGUUGGCAUGUUGAUGGCGCGUCAACGGCCCGGACGCAUGACACAGCUGAAGAACGCCGCCAUCAAGGAGGAAGCCGAGAAGCUGGCCAAGGAGAAGGACAGUGGGCGAGAAAGAAACGGUGCCAAAUAUUCGGACCAAGCUGAAGCCUGUGGCCGCGGCUCUGUGCCAGCAGGUGUCGUACGAACAGGCCACCGAGCACAUGAAGUCUUCGACUACCUCGUUGCCCAGCUCGGCUCCGUCUUCGAGCACUACGGCGCCGACCUCGAUGGCGACCUCCUUCGGAGCUACGCCAGUGAGAUCACAAGGACCUGUGCCCAUGUCCGCCCCUCUGGCAGGGAAUGCUUCCACGUCACCGCCGAUGGCGACACCGAGGGCAUCCUCCAGGCAGUCGACGCUCGCAUGGCGGCAAUGGACGACCGUUUCCAGACCAUGUUCCACCAGGAGUUCGGCGAGGACAGCAUCAUGAUGGAGGCGCCGGGAGAGUCAUGGGAGCAGGUGAUCGACCACAGGAUCGAGAGCAAGGGGGUUCGCAAGGCCAUGGCGGAUGAGCACAAGGAGCUCUACAUGAAAGGCAUCCACGACGCGUUCAUCAUGGAGAUUCCGGUGGUCUGCUCGGAGGCCUACUCGGACACUGAGCCUGUUGUACGCGCUGCCCGGAGCCGAGGACACACGACUGGGACUACGAUGACGCUCGACAAGGGCUGGAACUUCGAGAUCCGAGCCCACCGGCAGAUGGCGAUCGAACUGGUCAAAAAGGAGAAGCCUUACUUCCUGGUCAUUGCUUUUCCGUGCGGGCCCUGGUCGCCUUUACAGAACUUGAGCAGUCUGCCCGCCGCGGUGGCCAUCCGACAGGAAAAGGCAAUGCCACUUGUUACUUUUGCAUGCCGUCUGGCAAGGCUACAGAUGGAUGCUGGCCGGCACUUCGUGAUGGAGAAUCCCCUCGGCAGCCGUGCUUGGACUACGCCUCCUUUGCUGAGCCUGCGCCGAGACUUGAGGACGCGAGAGGUUUCUGUGGACAUGUGUCGCUUUGACCUUCGAGGACCUCUGGGACUACGACACAAAAAGCCCACGAGAAUACUGACCUCUAGUCAGUCUGUGAGGUCGGCCUUGUUGGGAUGCCGCUGCACUGGCAAGCACCGACAUGAACCUACUAUGGGAGGCGCGGCCGUGACCACUGCUGCGGGGCACUACACCAGAAAGUUUGCGGAGAAGUUAGUGGUCGCUUUUGAGGCCGAAUUCGACUUCGAGGCGGCGAUGGCGACUCGCGAGGUGAAGGUGUCUGAGUGCUUCGAGGUUGUGGGUGGCCAUUCCGCAGUGGACUUCUACCACGAGGUGUUGGCGGAGGACGUGGGCGAAUUCGAUGACGAUUCGGAUGCGGACCUCGGCGAGCCCUUCAAGGGAGAGAUCACUUCGGCGGUGCGUGCGGCGGUCAGGCGUGUUCAUGAAGCGACCGGACAUCGGCCUCCCAGGCGACUGGCGCGAGCUCUUCUACUUUCAGGUGCACCUCCUGCAGCAGUACAAGCCGCUCGAGAACUUCGUUGUGAUGUGUGCCAAGAACGGAAGGCUCCGAAAAGUCGAAGGGUCGCUGGGUUGCCUCCUCCCCGAACGGUUGGCGAGCAGAUCCACGUGGACCUCUUGAUGGUCGACGACGCUUUGGGGAACGUCUAUGUUGUGGCUCAUGCAACUGAUGCCGUGUCAAGGUACCAGUUGGCUCGGGUCAUACCAGACCGCUCCACGGCUUCGGUCAUUGCAUUCCUCAGUGAAAUGUGGCUGCCGAUGCUGGGUACUCCUCGGACGAUCGUUGCUGACCAAGGACGAGAAUUUAUAUCUGAGGAGAUGCAGGUGUGGUGCAGCAGCCAUAGCAUUAUGUUGCGGCACUCGGCCGUUCAAGCACCCUGGCAGAACGGAGUGGCCGAAAGGAGUGGAGGAAUUCUCAAAAGCCUGAUGGCUGCUUGUGUGGUGGACCAAACUGUGAUUGGUCAUGCCUCUAUGUGCCAGGUGGUGGGUGAAGCUUGUGCUGCGUACAACGCCGACCCGAACUCCGAAGGGGUGUCGCCCAUGCAAGCGGCCACGGGACGGCAGCCCUCCAACCAAGGAUCUGUGCUGAACAACUUUGCCGGGCGCCUGGCCGAGCAUGGCUUGAUCGACUCCGAGCCGAACUUACUUCAACGCGUUGCACUUCGUGAAUCGGCGAGAGUGGCGAUGGUACGGCUGCGCUACAGUCAAAGCAUUCGCAAAGCUGAGCUGGCCCGAAGCCGGGAACCGACGGUCACAGCGCCUCCCUUGCCCGGAGAUACGGUUUACUUCUGGAGGGCUACCAAGCCGAACUCGAGACGUGGCGACCCCAACUUGUCAACUUCGAGCAGGAGGCGAAGGUUGGAGCUCAAACGCUGGCAUGGACCAGCGAUUCUUCUUUGCCUUGAAGGCGGGCUUGGUGGCGGCACUCCGGUCAAUGCGUUCCUCAGCUUCAAGGGCCAGGUUACAAAGUGUGCACUUGAGCAUGUUCGAGCCGCCUCGUCAUUGGAGCAGCUGGCAGCCAACUCGUGGGAGGAGGCGAUUCGUGAGUUGACUGACCGUCUUCGUCCUGCUCCGGCCGUGGAGGUGUCGCGCGAGUUGGACAGCAUCCCUGAGGGCGUGAACGAACCGGAGACGAUCGAGGACGAGACCGUGGACAUUGGUGCGGCGCCGAACUCUUCGCAGGCGACGACCGAUGCCCGCGACUCAGUACUUCUCACUGCAGCGCCUGGAACUCCUGUCGGGCAUUUGUUUGAAACUCCUGCGGGGCCCUUGCUGGAAAGUCCUGGACUACUUGACCGACCUGUUCUUCAACGGGCCCUGAGCCGAGUACGUGGUGAACCUCUGGAAGCAGACCUGCGACUACGUGCUCUUCAACGUGGGCAACCCGCUGACUUUGCUGCUGAGCUUCGAGCAACGAUGCAGAGGUCGGCCUUGGAACGAGGGCUGAAGAGACGAAGUGAGUCAGAGCCUGGACUGACUCUGUCACACGAAGAUCUGUCGCACAUGGUCCUGAACGUGGAGACGCUGCAUCCUCUUCUUCAAGUCCAAGCGCAGGCUGAGCUGGACAGGCAGCGCCCGUUGGAGUGCUUUGGAGCGGAAGCUGACCAUGGCACGUGGGAUGGACGUUGGUCUUUGCCUUCAAGGACGCAGCUGGAAACCUUGCAAAGCCUGGGAGCACCUUUGCCUACCAGCGUUCCUGGCGACCUGAACGAGGUCAACGCUGUACUGGCUCGCAAGGAGUACCAGUGGUCAAAGAUGACCGAGGGCGAAAAGCAACUGUGGAGCCGUGCUGCCGCCAAAGGCUGGGCUGCGUACGUGGAGAAUGAUGCCGUCAAAGUCUUAUCUCUCGAAGAGAGCCUUGCAGUUCGCAAGCGACUCGCGAAAGCUGGAGAAUUAGACAGAAUUCUCACUCCGCGAUUCGUGUGCGCUGAUAAGAACGACGGUGUUCGUACAGACAGCUGCCCUCUGCCUCCUGAGCCGUCGGCGCGCCUAGUCGUCCCCGGAUUUAAAGAUCGGGCGAACUUGGCCGGUCAAAUCCGACGCGAUGCGCCCACAGG